GAUUCAAGCUCUUUGUCCAUACCUCAAGAAUAGGUUUUAGUAACUGAAGGAGACAGUGAACGUCAAUUACGUCCGGUGUCUCCGUUGAAAACACAGGUAUCUCCGCUACUCUUGAGAAAGGGAAAUAGGUGGCACAAUAAUGGCUAAAAAAAUUUACGACUUCGAGGCCAAACUCUUAACGGGAGAAACGUUUAAUUUCUCCACACUGCAGGGCAAAGUUGUCCUCAUUGUGAAUGUGGCGUCUCUCUGAGGUACGACCACCAGGGAUUACACCCAGAUGAACGAGCUCCACGAGCGGUACGCCGGCAAGGGGCUCGUGAUUCUGGGAGUGCCCUGCAAUCAGUUCGGCCAUCAGGAGAACUGCAAGAACGAAGAAAUCCUCUUGUCUCUGAAGUAUGUCCGUCCUGGAAACGGCUUUGAGCCAAAGUUUCAGCUCCUGGAGAAAGUGGAUGUGAACGGGAAGAAUACCCAUCCCCUGUUCGCGUUCCUGAAGCAAAGUCUCCCAUCCCCCAGUGAUGAGCCACACACUUUUUUGAACGACCCAACGUUGAUCAUCUGGAGCCCGGUCUGCAGGAACGACGUGGCCUGGAACUUUGAGAAGUUCCUUAUCGGGUCAGACGGAGUGCCGUUCAAGCGUUACAGCAGGAGGUUCCUCACCAGUGACAUCGACGGAGACAUCCAGAAGCUCCUCAACCAGGCAAACUAAUCCAAAACGUUGUCCGACCAUCAUACAGCUUCCACAGCACUACGCCAGUGUGUGUGCGUGUCCAUGAAUACUCCUCAGCUUCAGUAGAUGGUGUGUGACACUUUUCACAACCACCUGUGCUCUCUUGUACACGAUGACUGUGUUCUGUUCUUUUACUAAAUGAAGGCAUCCUCUGAAACCAAGCUAGUUGUGAGGGGGGUAUCUGAUGAAAUGUAAAAGGCUUAACGUUUCAGCUCCAUUGAGUGCAUGUAAAGCACAGCUGUGGUUUGAUGUGUUAAGUGGACCAAUAAAUGUUUUUUUUUCAAAGCUUC